GUGCCGGAGUUCAUAUUGUGCUUCUGAAACCAAACCCACAUCAAAGCUGACAUCAUUGCUUCAGCUCAUGAAGGUGCCUAUACGUGCAGCAACUGAAAACACAAAAUAUCUGCUUGAGGAUUUUAUUUUGACGAAGAAACCAACACAAAGGUUUGCCUUGGAUUGUCGUCUUUUAUGGUAAGUUCAUAUUUAAUACUUCAUUUUUGUCUUUGAAGCAAAUAUUUUAACUCCGUUGUGUAAAUUUCUACUCAAUCUAUUCGACAGGAAACCACCUGCAGCAGAUGAGAGUUACUUCAAGCUCUCUCUCUUUUUAUUUUGAGAGAAUAGAUUAACUUGAAAACAAUAUCCUAAUUUAAAUUUCGCCUUGUCUAACUGUAAAAAUGGACGGUUUUGCUGAUCUCCUCACAGAUGCUUUCGCAGAGUCUUCUGUUCCAUCUUUUACCGAUGGAGAUUUGGAUUUCGAGAGUCUGGGUUUUGAGGAGAAGGGUGAGGAAGACAAAGCAAAGGAUUCAACAACAAAGACAGACGAGGCUCUGCUUCAGGAAGUAACAGAUGAGGGUGAAGCUCUGCUGGGCAAGGCGACCACAGACGCUCUGCUCUCGGCUGAAGACGAAGAGUCGACGGGGGAUGAAGACGACGAGGAGGAGUUUGAGAGAGAAGAGUCGGAGGAGAGUUACAAAAGCUCUGAGGAGGAAAGGUCCUCCUUUGGAGAAGACGUGGAGAAUGAAAGAGCAGCAGGGGUUUCACUGAUGUCAGUCUGCUGUGGUGACGACCCCUGCGACGCCCAAAUCGAGGACGGGAUAUUUGCUGAGGGACAACCAGUGCCCUCAGAUAGUCCUAAAGAUAGUAACAAGGUGCAAGGUGAAGAUGAGAGUGACGAGAAGGCGUCCUGUAUCAGAGGAAUCCCUGAAUGUGGAGAUGAAACGGUAAUGAUGGAAGAGGCUGAAGGGAGCAAAGGAGAAGAUUUGUCUGAUUCUGACCAUGAAGACAUGACAGCUGAACAAGAAGAAAUCGUCCCCACCCAAGAGACCGAAAACCCUUACAAGAUCAGUCCCAUGGUGGAAGAUGGUUUGGAGUUUCCGUGCUUAUCUUUGCAGCACCUGCAGGAUCUCGUCACUGAAGUUGACGGUGAGGAACAGGUCCUAAAAAUGACAGACUUCACCGGAGAUGAGCACCAAGAGGCAGGCGAAACUAUCGCAGAUUAUCCAUCCGACUUUUCCUCCGGCGAGUUCACGAGAGCCGAGCUGAACGCCUCGCCUCUUCUUCCCGAGCAGGAGCCCGGAGCUGUGACAGAAACGACGUGGAUCAGCRGCAUCGAGGAGCCCGGAUACGAGAAGGAUGACGGCUUUCUGUACAGCACGGACCUGGAGAUGAAUGCUGACCAGAUCACAAGCCUGGGUGGAGCAGCUGGAGAAGAACGUGAGCACGAGUCGGCCGCGAUGGAUGAGAACAACUCCUACAGCUCCGACGACGACGAGGAGCUGCUGAGAAGAACCAAGAAUCAGCUCAUGAGUGUCCGAGACGUGGAGAACAACACGAAACUGGAGGAUGUUCAGCUUCGUGAGUUUUCCAGGUGGAGCAGCUUUGAUGAUACCAUAAAGGACAGAGAAGAUCCAGCAGAUUUCAUCAGGUCAUGUUUUGACACAGUCAACACCAACACCCACCUGUCUGAGCACCUGUUAACCACAGAGGACACGGACGAGACAGAGGACUCCUCGUCAGAUGAGAAUCAGCGUCCUGCUGAAGACAAGUACUGCUACUCUGUGGCGCAAAAAGUGACGACGAGUCCUUCGAAUCAGGGAUCCAUAGACGACAGCUUCUUCUUCCACACAGAUUCCUCUGAGGUCACCGAGCAGCUGGUCGAUGACGAAGAGGAAGAGAAAAGAAAUGCAGAACAGAUGCAGGAGAGAAUUGAGGCUUUCAAGAGGUUUUACGACAACGAGGACGGRAGAGAGGAAAGACAGGUAAAAGUUCAGUUCUGUGAGGACUUGUUGUCUCAAGUCAAUUACUACGACACUGACAGGUUGGUAAAAAUCACAUCAGCUAAAACUUUUUGUUUGAGGAAUCAAACCAGACAAAAUCGGCUGAUGGUUUUGUCUUCUCUCAGCAGUGACAGAGAUUCAUCCAGCAGCUCCACAGACACUGAGGAGGACCUGAGCUCUGAUGAGCUGAGAGAACCUGAAGACCUGCUGAGGAAGCAUGACGACCUGCUGAGGGAGCCUGAAGACCUGCUGAGGAAGCAUGACGACCUGCUGAGGGAGCCUGAAGACCUGCUGAGGAAGCAUGACGACCUGCUGAGGGAGCCUGAAGACCCUCUGAGGGAACCUGAAGACAUGGCAGAACCUGAAGACCCUCUGAGGGAGUUUGAAGACAUGGCAGAACCUGAAGACCCUCUGAGGGAGUUUGAAGACACCCCAGAAACAACCCCCGUGUGUGAUCCCCCAAACCCCGAGCAGCCACAGAGGAUGUCAGAAGUUAGAGACAUACAAAGCUGCACAAAAACUCGCAAGGGUGUCAGGAAGCUGAAGCUGAUGUUUCAUUUGGGUGUUGUGACAAUGACGGGACUCCUGAUGUUCUGGCUGAUCACAGACCAACCCGACUGGCUGAAGGAUGUUUUCUUUGUUUAAGGCUGUGUGUAUUUUGAUCUUUUUUUCAAUGAAAACAAAAACAUAAAAUAAAGUACUGU